ACUCAAUGUCAUCUUCAUCAUGACCAUCAUCAUCAUCUCUCUGCUCCUGCUGGCCUCUCUGCUGCCACACCUGACCUUCACUGAUCAUGUGAAUGUGGGUAUAGUGAACGGCAGGGAAGCCAGACCCCACUCCAGACCUUACAUGGUUUCUCUUCAGAAGAACAGGGAACAUAUCUGUGGUGGAUUCCUCAUUUCUAAUCAGUUUGUCUUGACUGCUGCACAUUGCUGGAACCGAUAUGAGAUACUGACGGUCGUUGUUAAGGUCAGCAAGAGUUCAGAUCACAUUGAAGUGACAUCCUACAUGCAGCAUCCAAACUAUACAUUCAAUUAUAAUUGGAAUGACAUCAUGCCUUUGAGGCAUCCCUUCUGGUCCCAACCUGCACUCAGUCAGCCAUCACCACACCUGCUGCUGAACAUCACCAGAUACUGA